AUGGCUGAUGGAUCAAAUUAUGACUUGAAAGAAGAAGGAAUGACACGAAAACUAAAUCUUAUAUCUGGUUCUAAUUCAUUCUGGCGAUCUGAACGGUGUGGAAGAGCCAAAGUGGAAAUAUUGCUUCCACCUUUCUUUGAUAAUCAACCAAAUCGAACUAUUAAAUUUGACACAUCCACUUUUGAUAAUACUUCAAUCCAAUCUAUGGAAAUAAUUACGUCCGGAGAAUCUCAAAUGAUUGGUGACGUGAAGGAGCUUAACAAUACUUUUAUCGUGAAAGGUUAUGAUGGUUAUAUUGGAAUUAAUAUUGCUGUCGGAAAAAAUAAUUCACAGCCUUAUAUUGAUUUAGAGUCUGAGAGUAGUUCAAUGUCCUUGAAUUUGAAUGAUACGUUCGCUGGCGAAUAUGAAAUCUUUUCAUACUCUGGUCGUAUAAGUGCUAGGAAUGCUGACAAUAAUUUGGACUCAACUUAUUCCAGAAAUACUUUAAACGGAACAAAGUCCACGAAUUCUUCAAUUCCAUCUAAUGGAAUGAUUAUUGCCAAGUCUAACAGUGGAAAU